AUGGACGUCGACAAGCGGCACAGUGAACAGGUCAGGCGAUCUCAACGUGAGACCAAAGGCCGGAAAGUGAAGCCGACUUGUUGCAGCAGGAGCGACAAUAUCAGUAACGUUGUCGCAGGCAGCGUCGCGGAGGAAACCGAAAGUAUCUCCUCCUCGACACUGAGCCGAUUCUCGAGUGUUUCUCGACGCUCUUCGAGCAGUGCUGCUGAAGCCAGGAAGCGGAAAGCGGAGCUGGUGGCAGCGCAGCGUGUGGCUGCACUUGAAGAGGAGGCGAGAAGCCAUAGGCUGGAAAGCGAGAAGAGACUCUCCAAUCUCCAGCUCGCCGCGGACCUGGCGGCGAUUCAGGCCGACGAGGAGGUCGACAACGGAGGCACAGCAGCACCCGUGCUCGACUACGGCCACAGCGAGAGGGCAAUGGACAUGCAGGAGUCACACUACUUCGUGAGGGACGGUGAAGAACCAGUAUCUGCUCAAGACGCAGAACAGUACCCACAGCACGAGGAGGUCGAAGUGACUCAAAGUGUCAUGCCAGCCCAGGGGUACACGGACAGUGACCCACAUGACGCGGCUACUCCAGCGGUAAUUCCAGCCACCAGCCUUGUGCAGCCUCUGUGUGCUGCGGAGAUAAGGAUCCAGGAGUUGGAGGGGCAGCUGAAGUUAUGCCGACAGAACACUGGCUCCAUUGAGCGAGCCUAUGACGACAAGCUCACUGUGGAGCUUGAAGAAAAAAGACGACUGAAAGACGAACUCCAGCUACAGCAACAGACGAUUGCAACCCUGAAGCAGCGGAGCUUCCAGGAAGACGCGAGGCAUGCUGACCAGGUGCAGGUGAUCAAGUCCCUGGAGGGAGAUCUUGCCAAGGCCGAAGCAAGCAACGACCGUCUCCAAAGUGACUUGGUAGCCAGAGACCAUCGCAUCAGCCAGCUCACCAGCACGUCAUGCGACCUGGAGGACCAAGUGCAGAAUCUAGAGUACGAGCUGGAGGAGACCAGAGCUCAACUAGCAGUCAUGCAGGUGGACAUGGCACCUUCCAACCGGGAAAGGUGCGAGCUGCAGACCAAAGCGCAAAGUGAGCCACGUGGUGCGGCCGGUGCUGACACCCCCACAUGCGAUCUACCUUCGUCCAAGAGCGCGGGAGCAGGGUGCCGUGACGAUGGACCCCCGAAACGACCAGCAAGUACUGAUGGUCCUGCUAGCCUGCAGACGCAGGCCACAUCAGGUGACAGCAUACAGACAGCUGUUGCAUCAGCAGUGUCACAGCUGGCCCAGGUAUUGUCGGAUAAGCUGACGCCACCAAGGGCGACCACUCCAGCCCACCAGAACACCUCGGACAAGGACCUGCGGAGAAUGAUGGCUAGACAAUCAGCCACAAAAGACCUGCCGGCCUUCAACGGUGAUCCGACAGCAUGGCCAAUGUUCAACCGGACGUUUACGGCCUCCACUGCAGAGUGUGGUUUCUCCAACCAGGAGAACAUGACCCGUCUGCAGAGAGCCUUGAAGGGAAAGGCUUUGGACAGUGUGAAGUCAAUGCUCGUCGUACCGGACAACAUUGAUCGAGUGAUGCACACUCUCCAGAUGCGGUUCGGCCAGCCGGACCAUGUGGUCCAGUCCAUGAUUGCCCAGGUCAAGACCAUGCCUAAGUUGCGAGACGACGACUUCGAGCAGCUUAUUGACUUGGCGAACUCGGUUAGCAACUUGGUGUCGACCAUGGAGCUCCUCAAGAGCACAGGCCACUUAGCUAACCCACAGCUCCGCCAGGAGAUCGUCCAGAAACUACCAAGCAGCUUGACCCGUCAAUGGGGAGAGCACGUAGCAGAGUGCAAAGAUCCAGUGACGAUGAAAACACUGGCAGAGUGGCUCGCAAAGAGAGCAGAUGCGCUCUGUUGUGUUCGGAGACUCGACACGACGGCAGCAAAGUGUGUGUCAACAGGCAGCAAUAUGAAGCCGCCACCGACUGCUCGACAGAGCGGCCAGCGGCAGACUGCCUUCGUGGCCAGCGAGAGAAAGUGCGACUUCUGCGGACGGGCAGGCCACAAGGUGGCUGAGUGCCGAGAAUUCGCACGCAAGACGAGCAACGAACGCUGGAGAUGGGUCAAGACAGAACGACGAUGCUUCACCUGCCUUGUCCAGGGCCACCGCACUAGAGAGUGCCCUGACAGUACGCCCUGUAAGAAGGAUGGCUGUGACCGGCUUCACCAUCCGAUGCUGCACCCACCAAAGAGGAAGGACGAUGUCGAACGCACGAACCUAGCUAGCGCCCAGCAGCAAAGCAGAGUCGUCCUGAGGACAGUGCCGGUAGCAAUCCGCGGACCGAAAGGUGUGGUGAACACGGCAGCACUACUGGAUGAAGCAUCAACGGUCACCCUGCUGGAUUCAGACAUCGCAAAGCAGGUGGGCGCAGAAGGGCCAUGUAGGCCAUUGACGCUAGCAUGGACGAACGAUAUGUGCCAGCAAGAUCCUGACUCCAGGGAGGUCACAAUCACCGUGAGCGGUCAGGACGGAGACCUCCAGCUGUCGGCCCGGACUGUGCGUGAGCUGCACCUACCAGCCCAGCAUGUCGACAUCAACCAUCAGCGACAGCGUUGGCAACACGUGAGCAGCGCAGACAUCCCUCUCAGCGCGACAAAGAAGCCGCGCUUGCUGAUUGGCCAGGACAACUGCCAUGUUAUCUUGCCCAGGGAGACGAUCGAGGGCCCACCCAACGCACCCACACUGAGCCGGUGCAAGCUGGGGUGGUCGAUACACGGCCAACUCGGUGGCGCUGAUCAGGUACUGCAUGCCCGACUUGACGGCACGGCAGAAGAAGGCAGCGCCGAGGACACGGAUAUCGGCCUCCACCAGCAGGUGAAGCACUACUUCACCACAGAAUCGUUUGGUGUACAAGUCCGCAGCGAGAAAAUACGCUCGCGACAGGAAGCGAAGGCGGAAAGGAUCCUGGAAUCCACCACGAGACGUAUCGGGGAACGAUGGGAGACCGGCUUGCUGUGGAGAGACGCUGACGUAAGCCUACCGGAGAGUAAAACGUCAGCAACGCGCCGCCUCCUGUCCAUUGAACGCAAGAUGGACAGGAACCCUGCAUUCUCUGAAGCGUACUGCGCCAAGAUUGCACAGUAUAUUGACGACGGAUACGCCACCAAGCUCACACCCUCCCAGCUCCAGAUGCCUUCUCAGAGAGCGUGGUACCUGCCACAUUUUGGAGUGACAAACCCCAACAAGCCAGGCAAGCUGCGCCUAGUAUUUGAUGCAGCUGCGCCAAGCCACGGUGUCAGCCUCAACGAUGCCCUGCUGCCGGGCCCCGACUAUCUCAACCCUCUCACCAGUGUGCUGUUCAAGUUCAGACAACACCGCGUGGGGUUCGGAGGGGAUAUCCGACAGAUGUUUCACCAAGUGCACAUCCGACCUGACGAUCAGCCUGCACAGCGGUUCCUUUGGCGAGGCAGUGACAGAGACCGUGAACCUGAUGUCUACCAGAUGAGAGCCAUGACAUUCGGCGCUGUAUGUUCGCCAGCAUCAGCCCAGUAUGUAAUGCGAAGAAAUGCAGACGAAUUCCGGCACAGCGCGCCAGAUGCGGUUACUGCAAUCCAUGACAAGCACUACAUGGACGACUACUUCGACUCGACGCCGACGGCAGAAGAAGCAGCCCAACGGAUCAAGGAAGUGAGUCAAAUCCAGGAAGCCGGAGGCUUCUCCAUCAGAGGCUGGGUCAGCAACUCACCUGAUGCUCUUGCUGCCGUACCCCCAGAUAUAUGCUCACCAUCGGUAGUCACUAUUAGCAGCGACAACGAGACUGUAGUGGAGAAGACACUCGGUCUGAAGUGGUUGCCACGGGAAGACGCGUUCGGCUUUAGUCUGAGCCGUAGACUGGAGCAAAGCAACACAACAGAAGUGACAAAACGUGAAGUCCUACGCAAGCUGAUGUCUGUGUUCGACCCCCUUGGUUUCUUCACCUACUACACCACGUCGGCUCGCAUUCUGCUACAAGACAUUUGGCGCACAGGCGUCGGAUGGGACGAGCCCCUACCAGGACCUCUCGUCCAAAGAUGGACGGACUGGUGGACGGGAGUGCACAACCUCGGAAGCAGGUCAAUUCCGCGUUGCUACUGCACGGCUAUUGCGGACAGAAAGGACCUGGAGCUUCACGUGUUCGGAGACGCCAGUGAGUCGGCAUUCGCCGCAGCAGCCUACUUCAGGCUAUCGCUACCUGACGGCAGCACCAGAGUCGCAUUCGUGUUUGGCAAAUCCCGUGUUGCACCACUGAAACCUGUAUCCAUACCGCGGCUGGAGCUGCAAGCUGCACUGAUGGCCAGCAGAAUGGCCGACACCGUCCGGAAAGAGCAUGAUCUACCUAUCGACCGCAUCGUGCUCUGGAGUGACUCUAUGACUGUCCUACGAUGGAUCAGAGCAGACGCCCGGCGAUUCAAGCCAUUCGUAGCACAUCGUAUCGGAGAGAUUGAGGAGCUCACUGAUGUAUCGCAAUGGCGGUGGGUCCCGACACACAGCAACCCAGCAGAUGCAGCAACCAGAGCCCCAUCCGAGAUAUCAGCAGCGCAGCACAUCUGGACGAAUGGUCCUGAGUUUCUGACCAAGCCAGAGUCUGAGUGGCCAGUAGAGAAUCCUGGGCAAGACACUACCACCAGCGACGACCAAGCCGAGAUGAAGGCAGAGUUUACUGCGGUAGUCACCAAAGAAGCGCAGCUAGCCCUGCCAGAUAUCAGCCGCUUCUCAUCCUGGAUUCGGCUGAUGAGAACGACAGCAUGGAUCGUCAGAUACGUCAACAACCUGCGUGCGAAAGCAUCAAGCAAGCCCACAGUCACUUGCACUGAGUUGCUGCCAUCGGAGUACCAGCAGGCCCAGAAGCUGUGGUGGAAGAAAGCACAGCAAGACAGCUUCCGGGAGGAAAUUGGCGACCUGCAGAAGCACAGCAAUGUGAGCAGCAGCAGCAAACUUCGAGACCUCUCACCUGUGCUAGAUAGCGACGGUGUGGUGAGAAUGCAUGGCCGAAUUCGAAGUGCACCACCCGGAAGUCCACUGACGCCCGAGCCCGUCAUCCUGGACCCGUCGCACCCAUUCACACAGAUGCUCCUUCAGCAGUACCAUGUCUGGCAUGGACACCAUGGUCAGGACAGUGUGGCAAACGACGUCCGCCAGACGUAUUGGGUCUUGAAACUACGCACAGCCGUCCGCCGUACCUGGACUGUAUGCCAGCAGUGUAAAAAUGAACGCGCGCAGCCAACACCACCUCAGAUGGGACAGAUUCCCGACGCACGCGUUGUCACGUUCAUCCGCCCGUUCACACAUUGCGGCAUGGACUAUUUCGGGCCACUGACAGUCACUAUCGGACGACGUCACGAGAAGCGGUACGGCGUGAUAUUCACCUGCCUUACGACCCGAGCUGUACACCUGGAGCUGUCACACGACUUGACAACAGACUGUACCAUCAUGGCAAUUCGCCGGUUGAUCAGUCGCAGAGGGUGCCCUGGAGUUAUCUACUCGGACAACGGCACCAACCUACGAGGUGCAGCAAGAGAACUCAAGGAAUCGUUGGACCAGCUGGACCAGACACGCCUCACAGCUGAGCUCAUACCGAGAGGAAUCAAGUGGGAGUUCAAUCCUCCGGCAGCCCCGCACAUGGGGGGAGCGUGGGAGCGACUAGUGAGGUCCGUGAAAACCGCCCUGAGAGCCGUGCUCAAGGAACGUGCUCCGCGUGAGGAUACACUCAUCACGCUUCUUACAGAGGUUGAGGCGAUACUCAACAGCCGGCCGCUCACACAUGUGUCCUCUGACCCAACUGACGACAACAGCCUGACGCCGAACCACUUCCUCCUAGGGACGCCAUCAGCAGCACCAGUGCCCGGAGUAUUCAGUGGUGAUGACCUACAUCUGCGCCGGCAGUGGCGCAUCGUGCAAGUGCUAGCAGACCAUUUCUGGCGUCGCUGGAUUAAGGAGUACUUGCCAACGCUAGCCCGGCGAACCAAAUGGCACGGAAGAACAGAGAAGAAGGUGGAAGUAGGUGAUGUGGUGGUCAUCGCCGACGACAACGCAGUGAGGAACACAUGGCCGAAGGGGAUAGUGACGGCGACCUAUCCCGGCAGAGACGGCCUGGUGCGGGUAGCAGAUGUCAAGACGCAGACUGGUGUGUUCCGCCGGCCGGUAGCCAAGCUCUGCGUGCUAGACGUCCGUUGUGUUAGUGACGGAUAA